UGAUGUCACAGGCCCCAUGUGAGCGGAUUGCAACACAUGCAGCUGCCUGGAAAGAGGGAGCCGGUGUCCUACGUCAGAGCCGCCGCCGCGGAGCCGCCGCCGGGGAGGAGCAGCCGCUGCCGCCCAGGACUGGGCCUUUAGGGAGGAGGAGGCGAGAAGAUGGCGGACGACCCCAGUGCUGCCGACAGGAACGUGGAGAUAUGGAAGAUCAAAAAGCUCAUUAAGAGCUUGGAGGCGGCCCGCGGCAAUGGCACAAGCAUGAUAUCAUUGAUCAUUCCUCCCAAAGACCAGAUUUCACGAGUGGCAAAAAUGUUAGCAGAUGAGUUUGGAACUGCAUCUAACAUUAAGUCACGAGUAAACCGCCUUUCAGUCCUGGGAGCCAUUACAUCUGUACAACAAAGACUCAAACUUUAUAACAAAGUACCUCCAAAUGGCCUGGUUGUUUACUGUGGUACAAUUGUAACAGAAGAAGGAAAAGAAAAGAAAGUCAACAUUGACUUUGAACCUUUCAAACCAAUUAAUACUUCAUUGUAUUUGUGUGACAACAAAUUCCAUACAGAGGCUCUUACAGCACUACUUUCAGAUGAUAGCAAGUUUGGCUUCAUUGUAAUAGAUGGUAGUGGUGCACUUUUUGGCACACUCCAAGGAAAUACAAGAGAAGUUCUGCACAAAUUCACCGUGGAUCUCCCAAAGAAACAUGGUAGAGGAGGUCAAUCAGCCUUGCGUUUUGCCCGUUUAAGAAUGGAAAAGCGACAUAACUAUGUUCGGAAAGUAGCUGAGACUGCUGUGCAGCUGUUUAUUUCUGGGGACAAAGUGAAUGUGGCUGGUCUUGUUUUAGCUGGAUCAGCUGACUUUAAAACUGAACUAAGUCAAUCUGAUAUGUUUGAUCAGAGGUUGCAAUCAAAAGUUUUAAAAUUAGUUGAUAUAUCUUAUGGUGGUGAAAAUGGAUUCAACCAAGCUAUUGAGUUAUCUACUGAAGUCCUCUCCAACGUGAAGUUCAUUCAAGAGAAGAAGUUAAUAGGGCGAUACUUCGAUGAAAUCAGCCAGGACACGGGCAAGUACUGUUUUGGAGUUGAAGAUACACUAAAGGCUUUAGAAAUGGGAGCUGUAGAGAUUCUAAUAGUCUAUGAAAAUCUGGAUAUAAUGAGAUACGUUCUUCAUUGCCAAGGCACAGAAGAGGAGAAAAUUCUCUAUCUAACGCCAGAACAAGAGAAGGAUAAAUCUCAUUUUACAGACAAAGAGACAGGACAAGAACAUGAGCUGAUUGAGAGCAUGCCCCUGCUGGAGUGGUUUGCUAACAACUAUAAAAAAUUUGGAGCUACAUUGGAAAUUGUCACAGAUAAGUCACAAGAAGGAUCCCAGUUUGUGAAAGGAUUUGGUGGAAUUGGAGGUAUCUUGCGGUACCGAGUAGAUUUCCAGGGAAUGGAAUACCAAGGAGGAGAUGAUGAAUUUUUUGACCUUGAUGACUACUAGGUAGUCGACAUGGGUCCGGCAAAACGUGCCUCACCCUCCAGCAUCCAACCCAAGGAGCAUACCCGUGGUGGAAUCCAUACAGAUCCCUGCCUUACAAUUGGAACAUUUCCAGAACUUAGUCCAUGAGCAUUGGAUAUUGAAAAGAAAAGCGAAACAAAAACCAGACCCAACCCUACACUUUGGUUUGUCAUGGUGUCAGCGCAGCAGCCUACAACUAAGUUCCUAAAUGCCACUUUGGACUAAUUUAAAAAAGAAUCCCAGUUUUUACUUUUACUUGAUGGUGAAAUUGGUUGCUCUUGUAUUUUAUGGAAAAAAAAUGAUUUUUUUAACCUUCAUACAUAGAAGCAAAAUACUUUAACUGCUGUAAACCUUCAAAAGUUAAUAGAAAUGAGAUCAUACUGGUUUGUUUCUUAUUUUGAUUGGAGAAAAAUUAAAUUGCUGCAUUUCGCAGUGACCCAUUUACAUGGCAUUCUCAGCUUAGACUGCAUAAGAAGAAAUACAUGUGGUGAAAUGUUGGAACCAUUUCUCUCUUGGUCUCUGUUUAAUGUUGAAAGGGUGAGCUAAUAGGAGGCAGUUUCAACUUCACUCCCUCAUACUACCCCUCCCCUCCAGACUGUCAGUUUCAAGGAUGCAGAUUGUAUUGCAAAGAUAAACUGACACAUGAAGCAUUUGGGCCAGUGCUCUGUUUCCUUCCAUCUGUUUUGCAGGCGCAUUUGUGCCCGGGGUUUGGGAGCCCUUAGCAUCAACUGCUUUGACAAGGGUUUGCAUAAUCUUGCAUACUAGAAACCAGCUUGGGAUGGAUAUGAUGGGGCUUCUGUGCUAUUGCUGGGAUUGGGAGAAAUAAAACAUGCAAUUUAAGUGGAAGCAAAGAAAUUUAAAGAAUAUUUUAUUUUGCUUGGGUCUGUCCUUGGCAAAAGGAGGGGGUCAUGUUUUCCUUGUGUUGGAUGGCAUGAGAUUAUGUGAAUGUUUUGAUUUUUUAAAAAUGAACUGCAAGGUUUUCACAGGAACGACAGACAAGACAUGUAUGACUGUGCAUGUAAUUGUAAACCCCUGACGUCCUGGUGGGGUUGGAGCAUCUGUUUCAAAUAUGGGACUUACAAGCACCUCUCAUAGGAGAAAUUAUGGGAGGAG